CGACAGGCUGAUGAAGAGCCUUGAGGAGAAGUCGGGCGAGCUUGCAGCUGCUGAGGAGAGAGCAAACAAGGCUGAAAACCAGCUGUCACUCCUGCGGUCAAGGAUCGCGAGCCUCGAGGAAGACCUCAAGAAGGAGCAGCAGAGGAGGAGGGACGAGAUCGACGAGCUCCACCGGUCGAAGGAGCUCGCGGUCGAAGAGCUGGAGGCCCGUCAGCGGGAGCUUACCGACGCAGUGGAGGAGUGGAAGGGGGUUGCGGAGAGAGGAGACUAUGGGACUGUUAAGCAGCUUCGGGAGGACCUGGACCAGCUCCGAGAGACGGCGGAAGAGGAGGUGGCGAACUUGACCAUCCGCCUUCAAGAUCUUGAAUCUGCCAGAAGGAAAGAGGUCGGCAAGCUACAGGCUUCCCUCACAGCCAAGCAGAACGAGAUGAGCGCUACAACGACGAAACUGAAGCAGCAGGUGGACAGUUUAGAGCAGCGGGCCAAGGAGAAGGAGAACGCGAAUCGACAACUUCAGCGUCAGGUCGCGACCUACGAGUCAGCACUGACCGAAGCAAAUUCAGAGAUCGAGGCACUAAGGGAUAAGGUUUCGAAGCUACAGAAGGAGGUGGGUGAAGCCGAGGUCGACAUGCUCAAGAAGGACCGCGAACUCCGCAGCCUUCAUGGCGAUGCAGCGGCGGCGCAGAAGGAGGUUCUGGAGGAGCUAGCGAAGGAGGUGGGAGGAACGCCUCCCAUAGAAGCAGGGAUCUCAACCGGCAACACGAAGAAGUCCAAGGGGGGAGGGUGGCUGGGCCUGAAGGGCAAAUGAACUGAAGGGUCAGUAGAACGCGGCCAAGCUAGAUAGAAGGCAAUCUUUUAUGGACCAGAGUAGGGCGUUAAUUGUACAGCUGUAGUGAUCAGUGAGUAGCAUCCUUCUCAGCUUUCGUGAAGUCCUUCAGUUGCUGUGAACACACGAGAAUCAUUCUUGUUC